AUGGAUAAUUCGGAGGCGAAAUCAAUUAAACAAAUUCAUGACUAUAUGAAAGAAUGCUUAAGUAAACCUUUCAAUGACAACAAUUCGAUAGAACUAUGCGAAAAUGAUAUACCAUCAAUCUAUAGUUCAUUAAAAAAAUAUAUAAUAAGAUUAACAAAUAUAAACAACUUCAUAAGAUGUGAAAAUUAUGUAUUAAAAAAAAAAAAUGAAAAACUCAUUAAAAAUAUUAAAGAACCAAACAUCCCAUAUAUGGGUAAAAAAAACAUGCAUGACAUAUAUAUAAAUAAGAUAAAUAAAUUAAAUAACGAAAAUGAUUUUAUUAAAUAUAAAUUUCAAAAAAUGAUAAGGAAAAAUAUUUCCUUAGAAAGAAACAAUAUUGAAUUAAACAGAAACUUAUUAAAUAAAGACAAUUAUACACAACUUGAGAAUAAUAAAAAGAGAGUAAAACAUAACACAGAGGAAAACAAAAGCAUAGGGGCAUAUAAAGGUUACAGCUCCAAACAUUUAUAUGAACAUACAAAAUGUGAUAAUUCAAUUAUUUUCAAUAAUGAAAAUUAUUUAGAUAAUAUAAAUCCCUUUUCCCUUGAAAAGGAAAUAGAAAAAAUCAUUGAAUGCACAAAUAUAUUACAAGACAUAUUAAAUUUAUUAAAUUAUAAUUUAAAAUAUGAAGAUCCAAUUAUGUUUGCAGAAACUUUAAAAAACAUGAACAUAGAAAAAGAAAAACUAUUGGAACAUAAUUCUUAUUUAAAAAAUAAAAUUUUGGAAAUAGAAACAUUUAUUUUAAAUGAUCCGUUUUUAGGUGAAAAAUUUAAUAAUUUAUAUGAUAUGGUAAAUAUAGAUUUUGAUAAAUCUAUAAAAAAUAAUAUCAAAUUAUAUGAAAAACAAAAUAUGAGAAUAUUAUUUAAAGAAUUAUGUUCAAUGGAAAAUAAAAAUGAUGAUAUAAAAGAUGAAUUAAUCUAUCAAAAAAAACAAUUAGGCAUGUACAAAAUGCAUAUAUCUGAUAUCAAAAAUAUAAUUAAAAAAAAAACAAACAAUUUUUACACCCUCAAUUAUCAUCAAAACAUUGUGUUUAAUGCUUUAAACAAAUUUAAUAAUACAACAUUUGCUUUUAAUAAUUUAGAUUAUUUUAAUUCAUGUGAAAAUGAUGAAAAGUUCAUUUACAACUCUUCCAUAAUUAAAGACAAAUUUAAUUGCACAAAUAAUUUGUCUACAAUUAAAAAUUCAGACUCUUUUACUAUUUUUCAAAUAGAUAAUAAUAAAACUGGUCAUAAUCAUAAAUUGCUAAAUGAGGCUUGGCAAAGAAUUUCACAAUUAAACCAAGAUGUCUCCUAUCUCAAAAAAAAAAAAAAUGAAAAAAAACAGUAUGAAGGAGAAAAGGACAUUCAUGGAGAAGAGGAUGAUUGUAUGGUUAAUGAACUAUACUACAUAAAAAUCAAGGAAUUAAUAAACAAAAGAAAAAUAAAGCUGAAUAAUUUUUUAAAUGACAAAUUAAGCGAAACUAAAUGCGCACAAAAUGAUGCUAGUAAAAUAAAUCAAUGCAAACUAGAUGGUUACAAAUUAAAUAGCGGCAAUUUGAAGAUAGAUUCGAGCAACGAUCCAAACUAUGAAAAUAAUUAUAUCAAUAGCAGAAUUAUUUUAAAAUAUAUGAAAUAUAAGCAAGCAUAUAAUUUUUAUAUACAAAAUAAAAAUUUAUACAAAAAAAAUGUAAACAAAACAAAAUUUAACGAUUUUUUAAAUAAAUACAUAUUGAAUGACGAAUGCCCAAAUUCUUUAAAUUAUAACAAUGAUAUCCAAAAUGAUGGCGUAAAAAAGACAUUUUUUGAAUUACAUAAAAAAAAAAAAAUGGAAAAAAAAAAAAAAAAAAUUUCACCUAGAAAGAAAUCCAACGAACAAAGAGAAAGCAUGUAUGUUGAAAUAGAAAAUAUAGAUUUGGAUGAAAAUAAAAUCAAUUUGUCUCAAGAAAAUAAUUCGUUAAUUUCUAAAAAAAGUGAUAAUAGUAAAUUGUUGUAUGAAAGUGAACAUGUGAAAAAAGACAUCAAAAAUGAAACCCCAAAAAAUAAGACCCCAAAAAAUGAAACACCUAAAAAUGAAACCCCAAAAAAUAAGACACCAAAAAAUGAAACAUCCAAAAAUGAAACUCCAAAAAAUAAGACCCCAAAAAAUGAAACAUCCAAAAAUGAAACUCCAAAAAAUAAGACCCCAAAAAAUGAACCCCCAAAAAAUAAGACCCCAAAAAAUGAAACACCUAAAAAUGAAACCCCAAAAAAUGAAACAUCCAAAAAUGAAACUCCAAAAAAUAAGACCCCAAAAAAUGAAUCCCCCAAAAAUGAACCCCCCAAAAAUGAUUCACGCGUAAAAAAUGAAGACAAUUCUAUAAGUUUAAAUAAUUUAAAAAAUGAUAACAACUCUGAAAAUUUUGAUUCAUGUAUAGAAUGUCCAAAAAGGCAUGAUUUAUCUCUAGAAAUUUUAAGAACCAAUAUUAAUAAUCUUACUAAAAAAAAAACAAUUGAAAAUACAAAUAAUGAACAUAUAAAAAAUGGUACCCAUAAAAGAAAUAAUUCCAAUAUCUUGGAAAGUUAUGAAAUAAACAAAAAUAUUUCAUUGUCUAGCAUAAAUAGUAAUGACAAUUUUAACACAACAAAAAAACAAUUAUAUCAAAAUGUGAUAGAUCGUGAACAUUUCCAAAAUUCAAUAGAAUUUGAAUCGACCAAUGAAUCUGAAAAAUUAACAAAUAUAAAAGAAGAAAGUGAAAAAAGCGAAGAAAUCGAAAAAAGCGAAGAAAGCGAAAAAAGCGAAAAAAGCGAAAAAAGUGAAAAAAGUGAAAAAGGUGUCAAUGAUUUGAAAAAGGAAAUAAGUAUUCAAGAAAAUAAAUAUGAUUCUAUAAAUGAAAUUUUUAAUCAAAAUUUAAAACACCAAAAAAGCUCAAUUUUUCUAAAAAAAAAAACAGAUUGUGAUAUCGAAGUUAAGAAAAUUAUAAGUCAGUUAAGUAUAGAAUUUUAUUCAGAUAAAUUAAAUAACUCAAAAGAAUCUGAAGAAAAAGAAAAUCUUAUUUCAAUUAAAAAUAGAUUAGAUUCCCCAAUUUUAGUUAAAGAUGAUCACGAAGAUUAUCCAAAAAUUCCAAAAAGGGUAAGUUUUUCAAGUUCAACAAAAAAUGAUACAAUGGAUAUUCAUGAAAAAAGUAUAGCCGAUUCAAAUAAAGUAAUAAAAAAAAUGAAUACUAAUAAAAUUGACAAAAAUUUUCAAAUUGACAAUUCUGAAAACGAUGAUAAUAAAAUAGGUGAACCUAGUGUUGAGGAAAUUGAAAAGACAGAGAUAAAGGAAACAAUUUCAUAUGAAAAUUCCCUCCAAGUUAAUAAUUUCGAAAAAAAGAAAUCUUCUGAUAUAUGUAACACGGAUGAUUUUGAUAUAAAUAGAUCGAUCAGUGGAUACUCGGAUCCAGACUUAUUUGACAAUAAAAAAUAUUCAAAUAUUAAGAUUGAAUUAUUUAGAGAUAUCAUAUAUAAAUAUGAUAAAAAUGUGUACGAAUUUUUUAUGAAGUUAAUAUUACAUAGUAAUACCGAUUUAGUAGGAACAUUUAAAAACAAAAUAUUUAAUGCUCAAAUUGCGUCUGAAAAUGUAUUAGAUUAUAUUGUUAGUAAUUACACAAAAAAUGAAAACCGGGGUAAUAAUAUAAAUAUCAAUAAAAAUACAAAAAUAAAAGAAACUGAAAAAGUCAUAGAUUUAUUAGGAAAAAACGACUGCAAAUUAAUCAAUGAAUAUAUAUGUAACAAUGGCACGAGUACAUCUUUACGAACUUUGUACCAUAAAAUACAUUUUAUAACGAAGGAGAAUUAUAAAGAGUUUAAAGAUAGGUUGUUAGAAUGUGGUGUAAUUAAUUUAAUAAAUUUAUUUUUGGAUGAAGAUAUAAAUCAUUUUGAUAAAAUAUUUUCUGUGUCUUUUGUUAAUUUUGGUGACACACUUGGUAUAUCGAGAGAUACAUGUAUAUUUCAUUUUAAUAAUAUGGAUAAAAAUCAUAAAGAAAAGGGAUAUAUUUAUUUGAAACAUAUACUUGAUUAUUUAAAUAUAGAAAAUGAAAUAAAAGAAGAAUACCACAAAUAUAAUUUUAUAUCCGUAAAAAACAAAAACUGCAUAUACAUAAAUAUUAAUGAAAAUUAUGCUAAUUUAUAUGAGUUUUUUAAUACAAUAAUAAAGAAAAAUAAUUUAUAUAUAACUUUGAAUGAGUUUGUUUAUUUUUUUUCUCAAGAUGAAAAAUUGAAAAAAUAUAAUUUUAGAAAAAAAGAUGUGAUUGAGUUGUAUUAUUCUAUCCUGUUUUAUGCAUACUAUAAUAAUAAAAAUAAAAAACUUUUGAAUAUUUUACAAUCUUUAGAUAACCCUAAAAAUGAUGGCAUAAAUACUGUUUCUAAUAAUAAUGUGGUUGAAAAAGAAACUGACAAUAAAAAAGAAUUAGAUAAAAAUGAAGAUGAAAAUAAUGAAUAUAAUUUGCAUCUAUAUAAAGGAUAUUUCACCCUAAAUGAUUUCAACUUUGUGGUUGAAUUAAAAGAUCUUUAUUCAUAUUUUGAAGGGUCGGAGUGUCCAUAUACAAAAAUAAAAAGAAGAAUAAUAGAAAUUUAUGGAACUUUAAAAAAUGGGGUGCUAAUAAAUAGUGAAAUGUGUAAUAAUAAUGAUGAUGAUGACAAUUUGGAAAAUAGUGAUGCAGAUUUAAAAGAUUUAGGAAUUGAGUUAAAUGAAGAUUCAUUUAAAAUAUUUAUGAAAGAAAAAUAUAAAUAUAUGCAUCACUCUAAAUUAUCAUUAUAUAGAAAAAAAACAGACUCCAAUAAAAUAGUGCAAAAAAUAAAUAAGAAAACAUUUAUGUGUUUAAUGUAUAAUAUAGGUAUACAUAUGAAUCAUUGCUUAAUUUUGUGGAAUAACUUUAUACAAUUUUUAGAAGGAGAUUUAUUAGAUUAUAAAAUACUCUCUGCUUUUUUAAAUGGAGAAAUUAAUAUAUCCAAUAACGGAACUGAACAAGAUAUCAAUUAUAUAAAAAACAAAAUAAUGAAUAAUAAUAUAGAAGUUGAAGAAUUUUCUAGAAAUAACAAACACAGGUUAGAUGGUACUAUAUGUUCACGUUUAUUUAAAAAUACUCAAAAACUAUAUUCUACUCAUACAUUGACUUUUGAUGAAAUUGAAGUCCUUUCAAAGGUGUUGACAAAUGUUCAUCCAUUUAAAUAUUUAGAUAAAAAUGAAAAAAAACAGUUUAUAAACAAUUUGAAAAAACAUUGUUACAAAAAGGGGCACAUCUUUGAGUCUAUAAAAAAAGAGGGAAAUGUUAAAAAUAAUGAAAAAGUUUGUAAUAAGGAAAAAAAAAAUAGCGAAAAUUAUAUGGAUACAGAAAUUAUUAUUCUCUUAAACGGUAUACUGAAAAACACCAAAGAAAAUAAUUCUUUUAUAAAUAGUGUUAAUGUAAUCGAAAAAUACAACUUAAAGUUUUACACUGCCCAUACAAAUGUUGCUAUAGUAGAAAUAAACGGCAAUAUUUAUACUGAGGAUUUUAUUAAUUUGGUUAACAACAAAAAAGAAAUAUCUAAUGAAUUUAUGAAUAUUGUUGAUAAUGUACCUAUAUUUAAAAACUUUACAUACGAUUUAAAAAAUUAUAUAUCUAUGAAUAUUAAAAAAUGUGAAUAUCAAAAUAAACAAUUUAUAAUAAGACAACAUGAUGAUCCUUUGGAUUUUUAUAUAUUAAAAGAUGGGGAGGUUAAUAUUUAUUAUAAUAAUGCAGAUAAUGUUAUAAACACGUUAUCAGCAUAUUCAUUUUUUGGAGAAAUAUCCAUAAUAUUUAAUAUGUUGAGAACAUGUAACGUUGCUGUUAAAUCAGAUAAAGCUAUUUGCUAUUCUAUUUCUAGUGAAUAUUUUCUAUCUUUGUUAAAUAAAGAUAUAGUCAAAGAAUUUAUAAUGCAUUCUCAAAUUAAUUAUAAUGAAGAAAGCUUAAAUAAUGCUAUCAUGACAUAUAUGAAUAAUCAAAUACAGAAUAAUUCAAAUAAUAUAAAAGACACAAACAUAUCAAUAGCCCGUUUAAAUAUGGCACCUAAUACAUCUGUAAAUACAAGUAUGAGUAACAGUUGGAAAAACAUUAGUCGUGAUCAUAUAAGUAAUUUAACAUCCUCUACGACUUUAUCAUUAGAUAACAUUAUGUUAGAUACAGAAUACAUAGAUAAUAAAAAAUAUAUCCGUUCUUUUUACAGUGAUUUAGACAAAAUACUUUUAAAUAAUUUUAAUACUGAGCAAAAAUAUUUGAUUGAAGAAAUGGAAACAAAUUUAAUGAGAGUAAAAGUUUUUAAAAAAAUAUUUAGUAAAAUGGAAAAAAAAGAUCAAUUUGUAAAAAAUUUAAAAUAUGAAAAAUGUCCCAAAGGAAAGCAUUUAAUAUUAGAAGGAGAUAAAUGUGAAAAGUUUUAUUUUAUUAAACAAGGUGUAGUUUCAAUACGUCAAUUUAAUCAAUAUAAAAAUAUGUAUGAUGAAAUAACUACUUUUAAAGAUAAUCAAUAUUUUGGUCAUCAAUUAAUUUUGAGCAAAGUUCCAUCUAUUUUUAUUGUAGUAACUGUAUGUAAUACCGAAUUAUAUACAAUAGAUGCAAAUUUGUAUAUACAGUUUUUAUCCCCUUUUAUUGGAAUACUUGGCAAAUCAAAAGAUAUAAAUGAACUAGAUAUUUUAACAGAAAGUAUAAAUAAUGAUGCUAAAAUACAAAAAAAAGAUGGAGACUUUAUAACAAAAGCUAUACAUUUUUUAAAAAAAAUAAAUAUUAUUAAUAAAUUAAAUGAUGAUGAAUUAUAUAAUAGUGCUAAAAAUAUUCAAUUUAAAUUUUUUAAAAAAGGAAAAGUUAUUAUAAAAUAUCAAGACGAACCUGAUUUUUUUUAUAUAAUUAAAAAGGGGAUUGUUUCGGUAAAAACGGAUAAUGGAAAAAAGAGUAUAUCCAAUGAAAGUAGCUUAAAUUUGAAUAGCAAUAUAGAUUCUGAUAAAACAAAUGCUACUGAAUCACAAAAUGAAGAAGAACAUAAUAUGACCAAAUCUGUAUAUUUGCACAAAUAUGAAUAUUUCGGAGAAUUGUCUAUCAUAAAUAAUCAACUAAGAACAGCUACAUGUGAAGCGUAUACAAAUUGUUUCUUAUUAGCUAUAGACAAAAUAUCUUUCAAAAAUUAUUUUAAUAAUAUAUUUAACGAGCUAUUACAAGAAGCAGAAAUAAAGUAUACAAAAAAUUAUUCUUUACCUCCAUGGCUAAAAACUAUAUAUGGUAAUGAAAAUAACUAUGAUAAUAUAAAAUCUUUUAUAUCUAUAAACUUGCCUAAAUUAGAUAGUUCACUAAGUAGUUUAUCAGAUAGAAGUAGCGAAGAAUUCGAAUUUGAAAAAGAUAUAAAAAAGAAAAUUAAAAAAGCGAAAAAAAAAGAGAAGGAAAUAAAAAAUAAAAAAACGAAUAAGAAUAGAAACGACAAAACGUCAGAAAAAGACAAAGUAAAUACUAAAAGACAAAAUAAUAAUGAAAAUUCAAAUAAAAAAAAAAUUAAUAAAUCAACGAAUGAUGCAUCACAUUCAAAAAGCAAUUCAAGUUUACUCAGUUUAAGUAUAGAAAAUGUUGAUCAAAAAAUAAAAGAGAUUGAGAAGGAGAAAGACAAAAAAUUAGAAGAAAUGAAAUUAAAAGAAUUGAAAGUCUUCGAAAAAAUCAAAUUAAGGGAUGAGAAAAAAGUCGAAAGAAUAAUGAAACAAAAAAAUAAAAAAAAACAUAAAAAAAACGAUGUGGUUAAAUUAGGUGAUAAUAUUGAGAAAAAAAAUGAAAAAAUUAAUAAGAAAAAGAAUGAUCAUCUUGCAAAAAAAAAAGGUACGAAAGUCGAAAAUAGCCAAAUUAGUGAAAAGGUAAAUUUAAAUGAUGAAAAUAAUUCAACAACCCUUAUAAAAGUUAAUGUGUUGAAAGAAACAGACAAUGAAAAAAAAAAAAUAAAAAAUAAUAAUAAUGCAGAGAAAAAACAUAUUUUACAGACUAACCAAGUAGAACAAAAAGAAGGAAAAAAUAAAUUAACACCCUUAAUUUCUCCUAAAAAAUCAUCAAGCAUUUUGAAAAUUAGAACAAACUCAUCCAGCUCAACUGAUUUAGAUGUAAAAGACUUAAUACAAAAAUUAACAAAUUAUAUAGAGUCAGAAUAUAGUUCAAUUUAUCAAUUUUAUGAAAGUAUAGACAAAUUUAAUAGAGGGUAUAUAAAAUAUGAGGAUUUUUUGAAUAGUAUGAAUUCUAUAAAUAUUACAAAUAAAAUAUUUGAUAAAGAGGAAAAAAUAGAAAAUGUUUUUAAGUAUCUUUGUAAUGAUAUGAAUAUAUUAACACCAAAUAAUUUUUAUAUAAGUGUUUAUAAACAUAAAAGUAUAGAUAAGUAUGAACUAAACUUAAGGUUAUGUGAAAUAUAUAGUAAUAGUAUAUUAGGUUUUAAAAAAAACAUUGCAUUAAAAACAGUUGAUGAUGUUAUUAUAAAUUAUGAAGAGUUUGAAAAUGUUUGUAACCAAAUUGGGUUAAUUGAUAAAGAUAAUAUACAAAACAUUUGGAAUGAAAUAAAUAUAAUGAAUGAAGAAAAUAUACCAUUAGACAUUAUUCUAAAUAUAAUUAACGGAGAGUUAGAUGUUGAAGAAUCGUAUGAAAUAUAUAAUAACAAAAAAUCGCUUCUAAAUCAAGUUGUUAAUUUUUUUCAAGGUAAUAAUGCUGAACUUAUAAAAAUGAGUACUAAUGUUAUGGAAUAUAAUAUACUAACUAAUUAUGAAGAUCCUGUAAUUAUUAAUAAAGCACAACAUAAAUCAUAUCCAAAUGAAUGUAAUCAUAUAGUUAAACAACUCGAAUUGGAUCCAAAUUUUAAAAUUUUAACCUUAGAUCAAAGAAAAUAUUUUGCAACAUUAAUGGAUAGAAAAGUGUCAAAUUUUGGAGAUAUAAUAACUAAACAAAAUUCCGAAAAUUCACCAAUUAUAUUAUUAUUUGAAGGAACGGCUAAUCUAAUUACAUAUACCAUAUUUGGUAUAGAAACUGUUGUUCGAGAAAUUAAAAAUGAUGAAAUAUAUGGUUCAUUGGAAGCUAUUGCUGAUUCUCGAUCAGAUUAUGAAGUAAAAAUAAAUUCAAAUAAUGCAAUAAUUUGGAUAUUAAAAAGAGAACAUUAUAAUGAAAAAAUUAAACCUAUGUUAGAAGAAAGACAACAAAAUUGUACCCAUAUUUUACAAGUACUUAAAAAUGUUCCAAUAUUAAGAUAUUUGCCUUUAGAAAUACUUGAUAAUAUUUCGUAUUCUAUGAAAAUUGAAAUUCAUGAACCUAAUCAUACGAUUAUAAAAGAAGGGGAUUAUGAUGAUAAAUUUUAUAUUAUAUGCAAAGGAUUAGCAACUGUUGAUAUACCAUCAAAAUUUAGUUAUAAUAAACUUAUUAUUUCAUCAUUAAAAAAAGCUGAUUAUUUUGGAGAAUUAUCAUUAAUUAACAAUACCGCAAGAACAGCAAAUGUUGUUUUGGAUACUACUUCUAUUUUGUUUUCUCUCGUAUCCUCAGAAUUUAAUAGAUUAUUAAGUCCUUAUUUUGAUAAAUUUACAAAUAGGGCUAAAGCAAAUUAUAAAAAAAUUAAAAUAGAAAAUUCAUUACCCGAUACAGAUAUACAAAUACAUAAUAUCAAUCAAAAUUACCAAAAUCCAUCGAUAUAUAAUAGAAAUAGGAAAACAAAAGUUACUAUACAAGACAGUAACUAUUUGAAAAAUAUUGAAAAUGAUUUGAAACAAAAUAUACCCAAACAAAAUGAACCAUCCAAAUCAAAAAACAUUGACAAUAAAAUUGAUACAUAA